UCUGGAAUUGAUUUUAAUGGGGAGUAGCCUAUCCCUCGCUUGCUUUUCAACCUAUGGAUAUAUUGGUCUCUUUUCACUUGUACUGGACGGAGCGGGCGAGUGCAGUGUCUCACCUCUGUACUGUGUCCCCCUUGCCUUGCUCAUGAUAUCUGUCGCUUUUGGAGAAUACUGAACGUGCCUGUUUCUAAACAGCUUUGUAUAAUGUACCGUCCUCAAAACGCUCGAGACUGAGCAGACGGGACUUGUCCAUUGCGUUUGGGAAGAAGAUUUUCUUCUGACAGAUGCACAUUUAUUUUUUGAUUGUUUUGGACCUGAAACGUUGGACUGUGUUGUCGUUUUAAGAAUCGCCAAUACACUGCUCUUGGGCAAGUUUGAUGUCCAUUUUACGCAUUUAACACGACAGGCUGCGGUGGUCACGGUCACCCUAAAGGAAGGGUCUCCUUCCAUUCCCCCUCUCACACCCACACAUACACUCCCUCGGACACACACGCACACACACGCAGGAUGAGGGAAGCCUGGAGGUGCCUGCUGGGGCUUUGCCUCCUGGCAUGCUCCGCCUCUCCCGCCUCCCCUAACGGUGCUGCCAAUCCCUUCGCUGGGCAGCAGACACCCCCAGACCCAUGCUAUGACGACGCGGGCGCUGCCCGCCGCUGUAUCCCCGAGUUCAUCAACGCCGCCUUUGGCAAGGAGGUGGCCGUGUCCAGCGUGUGCGGCCGGCCGACGCCGUCACGCUCUUGUAGUGUGGUGGAGCGCGGUGAUGAGCGGCCCUCAGUGCGCACCUGCCAGAUCUGCGACGCGGCUGACCCGCGGCGUGCCCAUCCGCCCUCCUACCUCACUGACCUCAACUCGGCCCACAACCUCACCUGCUGGCAAUCGGAGAACCUGCACACCUCGCCGCACAACGUCACCCUCACCCUGUCGCUGGGAAAGAAGUUUGAGAUCACCUACGUCAGCCUGCAGUUCUGCUCGCCCCGCCCUGAGUCACUGGCCAUCUACAAGAGCAUGGACUAUGGCAAGAGCUGGACGCCUUACCAGUACUACUCGUCCCAGUGUCGGCGCAUGUACAACCGGCCCAACAAGGCGGCCAUCACCAAGCAGAACGAGCAGGAGGGCCUGUGCACCGAUGGCCACACCGACCUCUACCCUCUAUCCGGGGGGCUCAUUGCCUUCAGCACUCUGGACGGGCGGCCCUCCGGGAAGGACUUUGACAACAGCCCUGUGCUCCAGGACUGGGUGACAGUCACUGACAUCCGUGUAGUUUUCAGCCGGCCCCAGCUGCCACGUGAGCUAGGGGCAGGAGGAGUGGGGAUAGGCGGGGGAGGCCGGAUUGACGAAGACCCAAUGGUACCGUCCACGUCUCUGCCGGCGUACUUCUACGCGGUGGGGGACUUCCAGGUGGGCGGGAGGUGUAAGUGCAACGGGCACGCCUCACGCUGCCUCAAAGACAAGGAGGGCAAGCUGGUGUGCGACUGCAAGCACAACACGGAGGGGCCCGAGUGCGACCGCUGCAAGCCCUUUCACUACGACCGGCCAUGGCAAAGGGCCAGCGCUCGCGAGGCCAACGAGUGUCUACCGUGCAACUGCAACCUACACGCCCGGCGCUGCCGCUUCAACAUGGAGCUGUACAAGUUGUCGGGGAGGAAGAGCGGAGGCGUGUGCAUGAACUGUCGCCACAACACGGCCGGACGCCACUGCCACUACUGCAAGGAGGGCUUCUACCGGGAUAUGGCCAGGCCCAUCACACACCGCCGUGCCUGCAAAGCCUGUGACUGCCACCCGGUGGGUGCGGCAGGUAAGACGUGUAACCAGACGACGGGCCAGUGCCCAUGUAAGGACGGCGUGACGGGCAUCACCUGCAACCGCUGUGCAAAGGGCUACCAACAGAGCCGCUCACCUGUGGCCCCCUGCAUCAAGAUCCCAGUGGUGAACCCUACAGCCAUGGUCAGCAGCAGCACAGAGGAACCGGCAGCAGAUUGUGAAUCCUAUUGCAAACCAGUAAAAGGGAAUCUGAAGAUCAACAUGAAGAAAUACUGCAAGAAAGACUAUGCGGUGCAAGUCAACGUGCUAGACAUGGAGACGGUGGGCGACUGGGCCAAGUUCUCGGUCAACGUGGUCUCGGUCUACAAGAGCCGCGGCGAGCCACUCAAACGGGGCGACAACGUGCUAUGGAUCCAUAUGAAGGACCUGGCCUGCAAGUGUCCCAAAAUCCAGAUGAGCAAGCGCUUCCUGGUGAUGGGCACCAGCGAGACUGGGCCGGGGGGCCCUGGGGCCGGGGGGCCCGGGGCUGGACCAGGGGCUGCUGGGGCUGCUGCAGGAGCAGAGCGCGUAGGGCUCCUGGCCGAUAAGAACAGCCUGGUCAUCCAGUGGAGAGACGUUUGGACGCGGCGCCUCCGGAAGUUCCAGCGCAAAGAGAAGAAGGGCAAGUGCAGCAAAGCAUGAUGGGGGAGAGAGCAGCGCAUCCUCAGCCAACCCUCCCAUGACCCCACCCCUACUUCUACCUCCCCACGACCCCUUCCUAGCUCUCGGCUAGUUCGCAGGAUAGAACACGACCCCCCUAACCCCCUAAAAACCCUGACCCCCCCCAAAAAAAAAAAAACGGGGUACACUGCACAUUACAGAGACUGCAUGUAUACUGCCUGUUUAAGGACCACUUUGUGUAUAUUGUAUAAUUAUUUCCUUUUUAUUUUCUGUUUUAAUCAUGGGACUGUGACUGUCUUUUUUCUAUUGGUCUGCCUUAAAAAGGGACCAUUAAAAAGGGUACGAAGUGUAGACGAGCGGAUACCAUUCCCUUUCUCGACAACGACAGCGAAAAUGUCCACACUCCCCCACACCCCUGCCCUCUCCCAUUCCCCCUCCCCAUUCAGACUGCUUCAGUCCCUCCCUCCUGCCACCAUGUUUAGUGUUUUGAAGCUAUCAAAGCUCACAUUUCCCAUUCUAUUACCAGGAGUAUCCAUGGAGCUCAGAUAAUCAGAGAGAGAAACAGAUUUUUUAGUGUUGUAGCAAAGUGCCCCAUGCAGGGGAGAAGACAAACUGCACAACCUCAGUUCGUCUGCCUCCUCCACCCACUGUUUCACUGUCUCUAAACCCCCACCUUUCUCUACGCAACUGAGAUUACUGGCCUAGAGCGGCCAUUUUGUCUUGUACUCCUAUUCCGUAGGUAAGAUAUCUGUAGACAUGAACUCUCUGCAGUAGUAUCUCUGGACCAGAACCCACAACGGCUGCAUCCUCAUCCUCAGAGGAUCCUUCUAACCACAACAAAGGAUGUCCCCACAGGGGCCUUCUCCAAUGCAAAACCUCACUUCUACCACCACUGCCAUUACAAUAUAUAUACAACUUCAGACUGUGGCAUCUGCUACUCUAGUCUAGACUAUACAGCUGUUGACAGUGACCCCACCGCUCACUCACUGGUUCUACUGCUCCAGUCAUAGACAGACCGUGGCACUGUUUGGACACUGGCAAACACUAAACCCGAAUAAUGUUUCUCUUUUAUUCUAUGUUCAUGUACUUCUGCUCUCAGAUUCCUAUACUUCUACAGACCCCACUGUCUCACUAUCUAAGUGAAGACCCCCCCACACAAGCCUUCUCACCACGAGCAGGAAAUGGAAUCAUGCAUUACUAUCUGACUCAUGUGAAGAAAAAGAAUAUUGAGCGGGACUCCAGCAGAGUGGACAGUAGCCAGCUUCAGAACAGAACAAUGCCCUUGAUACUAGGGAAACUUUUGGGGGGAUAUUUUGCGUCAUGUCUUCCACUGUUUGUUGAUAGAAGGUCCUGCGGGUGUCAUUGUGUGACCGAAAUCGUUUGUUGGUUCUAUUAUUUCUCUUGUCUUUUAAAUGUUUGCCACUUUCGACAAAGUGUCCAAUGACGGGCUAGUGAUCGCUUGCCGAAAGAAGAGCUCAAAAUAAAGAGUGCCAUUUCACGAAGAACAGACAAAGGUUGGAUUAAGCUCUACCUUUUCAACUGUAGUUUAUUGACAAACUGAAAGAGUCCGGAACGUUCUAGGCUACAUACACACUGCCUGAUUGUAUUAUGAUGCGAUAGUCUACUUCAAUCCUCAUGUCUUUGUAUGUUUGCAUGUUUGUGGUUUGGCUGGUCCGUCCGAUGCGAAGCGAAAAAUUUACAGUAAGCAGAGCAUGGAAUUAACAAAUGUUAACAUCACAAAUCCAGAGGAAACCUCCUUAGUCAUCUCCCCUCGUUGGCCUUGCCGACAUUUCCCUCUCUUCGUUGGCCAAUAAUGCAUCAGCCUGUUUCUAAAUUGAAUCAAGAAAAUGAGAAAAUCAGGACAAAAACGAAACCACAAGGGAGCGUAUGUUUGCUCUCAAAGUUACUGUUUUGUCUUUGUCCUUAGUUCAUUUUAGAAGCGUAUUACGAUUGAUUUCAAAAAUAGAACAAUGUAAACACAUUGUGAAGGGGUAAUGCUAGCUAACUGUUAGCAUGCUGACAGUAAUGUCACGCUAGCGGUUGGUUGGCUGCAGUGCUAUGUUUGAUUUGUCACAUUUCCAAGCCCCUCAGAAGAGUGUCUCUCCCUCUCUUGUCAGGCCCCAGUUCUUUUCUGUUCUGCAACAUGUGUGU